GCUAGCUUGUUGUUCUGGUGUGUGAGGAGAAUAUUUGAGGCUCUGUAGUAAAAAUGUCUUCACUUCAGUCUCUGGGAGAGUUGAUCAGCUAAAGCGACUAACUGCUGCUGCUGCAGAAAUCUUCUCACCAGGCUGUGGAAACUUUCUUCUCCUCCUCAACAACUUGGUGGAGUUCUUUCCAGAACCAGAGAAGAUAUUCUGCGGUCUUCGUGACAAUCGGAGCUCCAGAAUCAGGUUGUGGAUUGAAGAGGUUCCCUCUAUCAGACUCGCUCAUCUGAGUUGGUCAUGAUGCAGGAUCGCUGCUCGCUCUCUGAUCCAUCCUGCUCACACUCUCCGACGGAAAAGCCCCGAAUCUGAAUGUGACUCUGGAGGAAAAAGCUGUUAGCUCUACUCCGUGAACUCUGGUGAGCAAAGGUCCUCUUUUCCAGACUGGAUCUGUCCUCAGCUGAUCAGAACCAAAGCGUUGGAUCUCUAAAGCUGUUAGCUAAACACGGCUAAAGAAAACCUGCUACCACUUCAGGAUCAUCCAUCAGCUGGGACUGAUUCAUCGUGUGUUCUUCAACACCUGGACCUGGACAGCAUGGACACAGUUCCUAUAAAAAGUGAGGAAGAUGAAGAGAAACCUCUGUUCUCACAGCUUCAUCAGCAGCAAAUAGAAGACAGAGAUGUUCAAACCAGCACCUCGGCUGACCAGAUGAAAGCAGAAACUGGUGGAGGAGCAGAAACUAGCAGGAUCCCAGAUCUGAACCCUUAUGAUCAGACGUCGUAUUCUUCAGAGACCGAAGUUAGUGGAGAUGAUGAAGAGGAUGAUGAUGUGAAUCAAGACUCUGAACUGUCAAACGCUGGGUCUGAAACUGGAGACAGAAACAAUGAUUGGAAUGAGAGCAGGUCUUCUGAGUCAGAUGUUAAGGCUGUCAACAAAUCCUUCAAUUGCCAUGAGUGUGGUAAACAAUUUCUCCACAAGUGGUCUCUCCAGAAACAUGUGAGAGUUACAAGUCAUUCAGAAAUGGGGCCUCCAGGUUGUUUGGCCAAUAACAAAAGUGGGACCACGAUGCAACCUCUAGAAUCAUGCGGGAAAGUCCAGAAAGAACUAAAAUCAUUUAGUUGCAACGACUGUGGAAAAAUAUUUAGUGUAAAAUCAAGAUUAAACAGACACAUGAGUGUCCACACAGGAGAGAAGCCUUUUGCCUGUGAGCUCUGUGAUCAAAGAUUUAGUCGUAAGGCACAUUUACACGAUCACACGAGAGUCCACACAGGACAGAAGCCUUUUGCUUGUGAGCUCUGUGAACAAAGAUUUAGCUUUAAGGCAACUUUAAACAGACACCUGAGAGUCCACACAGGACAGAAGCCUUUUGCCUGUGAGCUCUGUGGUCAAACAUUUAGCUCCAAGCCAACUUUAAACAGUCACAUGAGAGUCCACACAGGACAGAAACCUUUUGCCUGUGAGAACUGUGCACAAAGAUUUAGUUAUAAGGCAACUUUAAACAGACACAUGAGAGUCCACACAGGACAGAAACCUUUUGCCUGCGACUUCUGUGGACAAAGAUUUAUCCGUAAGGCAACAUUAAACGAUCACAUGAGAGUCCACACAGAUCAGAAGCCUUUUGCCUGUGAGCUCUGUGGUCAAAGAUUUAGCCAAAGGACGAGUUUAAGCAGACACAAAAGUGUCCACACAGGACAGAAGCCUUUUUCUUGUGAGAUCUGUGGACUAAAAUUUCACCAAAAGACAACUUUAAACAGACACAUGAUUGUCCACACAGGACAGAAGCCUUUUGCUUGUGAACUUUGUGGACAACGAUUUCGACAAAAGACAGGUUUAAACAGACACAUGCGUGUCCACACAGAGCUCAAUUAACUAAUUUAACUACACAAGUACCAAAAUUAUCAUUGUAGUAUCUAGAUCCUAGAUAGUAUUACAACCCUGGUUGUUGUCCUUUACCCCAGAUCAGGGUAUCUUCCAGCCCAUGACCCACCUCUUCCUGUCCUGCAAGCCCCACAUUCUGGCCACUAAGCUGUAAAUGUUUCACUAAAUCUCCGUUUCCAUCAAGAGGUGGCACAGUAUUGUUACACAAUGACCUGCUGACCUAAGGUUUCACUUUUGGAGCGUUGCAGGAGUAGAGAGUAGCAUGGCAUGUAUACUCUGCUGUUAAAUAGUUAGUGUAGUGUAGAAAUAAUGGUCUUUUACGAGUAUUUUGUACUUUGUGAGUUGCAUAAAUAUAACUGCAGAUUUCUUCAGUUGUUUAUCCAGUGGUUCCAGGAUUGGGCCCUGCUAGUGUAAACACAUGACAGCCCAACACUUCCAUUACUUUUCACUUAUUCCUCAAAUUCACAGUUUCCUGCUGUUUGCAGAAAUGUGUUUUGUAGACCAUAGAAACUAUGUACUGAUUGUGAGGCAAAAGCAAUGAGGGCUGUCUAUCAAGCAAAAGAAGAGAAUUCCGUUUGUCUCUGUGGAAAAAAUAAGGAUCAAUUCCUUCUAAAAAAAAUGGUGUUAGGAGAUUCCACUGUGUCUCUCUAGCAAUGGGCGAUACGGCCUAAAAUAUAUAUCGCAAUAAAUUCUGAAACACAUGUGGCACGAUAUUUACGAUAAAUAUCACAAUAAAUUCUUUUUAUACAUUUCUAAAUGACAGGUAUAUUUUAAUAUUCUCACUCACCUCUUUCACUGCGACCCAGGGCAGCUGUGGCUACAUCAUAGUUCAUCCCUACCAGCGUGUGAAUGACUCAUUGUGUUGUGAAGCGCCUUGGGGUUUGUAGAACCCUAAGAAGACACUACACAUACAGGUUUAAAUAAAGUUAAAGUCCCAUAGUCAUCAUCACACACUGGUGAAAUUCAUCUCCGCAUUUGACCCAUCCCCAUGGAAGGGAGCGGUGAGCUGCAGCAGUGGCUGCGUACGGGUUCUAUUUGGUGGUUUUAUCCCCCAAUCCAACCCCUUAAAGCUGAGUGUCAAGCAGGGAGGCUUUGGGUCCCGUUUUUAACGUUUUUGGUAUGACCCGACCUGGAAUUGAAACCCGAUCUCCCAGUCCCAGGGCGGACAUUCUACUUCUAGGCCACCAAGAUGGUAAAUAACAUUUGAUGUUCAAAACUCACUUAAAAAAUACAAAAUAUCCCAGAAAGUUUUUAUGUUAAGGUACUUUUUAUAAUAAAUAAUGAAACAAAAUAACUGUCAUAAAAUGAAUAGAGGGUGUAUUAAUACAAGCUAAAUUGUCUGAACUAAAGUGAAAAAUGUAAAAACAGAAAUAACAUUUCUUCCUGCUUUCCUGAUUAAUGUCUUUAUUUUUCAUGUUGUUCUUUUGCUCAUAGAAGUUAAGUUUGUUCCUCUUGGUGAUGGACAGCUUAUUGAAGCAACAGGAGAGCAGUAGACGUGGAUGGGUUGAAUAAUGCUGGCGUUUAACAGUAAGAGACGGAGAGGGAACAGAGCUUCCAGAGAAUCUAGAGUUUAUGCCGGGAACGUUUGUGAAUGUCUAUAACAUCUUGCUCAUGUUUACGCUUAUUGUCCAGGGUGAGUCCAAUAUAUUUAAAGUUCAAUUGUUUUAUUGUGUAUGAUAAUGGGUGCUGCUGGGGGAUGCUGCUGGGUGUGAAUGACUAACUCCUUGGUCUUAUCUAAGGAAAGGAAAAUGAAUGGCGAACUGAAAAUGAGGAAACAAGGUUUACAACCAAAACACCAAAAGAAAUCAGCAUGUCAGUUAUUAGAACCAUAGCAUUUAUGGCUACUAUGUGUACUAACCUCAAUAAAAUCAAGGCGUUGCUUUAAAUCAAUUACAAAACCAUGAAAUAUUUGUUUGGCACUGACAUAACAACAAUGCAUUAUAUAGAUUAAAACUCAAAAUAAAAUGUUUUACUUGACCACA